AUGGAGACGACCAAACCCCGGUACAGUGUCUUGCAUAUGUUUGACCCCCUGGGGUCGCCCUGCACCCCGCCAUCACGGGAUCAUUCUCCAGACUCAGGUUCUGACAAGGAGAACGAUGUGCAACCGGGUGAAGUUACGGUGUUCUUCACGCGUACUUACACGCAGAAGCAUCCUCCCCCAAAGACACCCAAGGGUCGAUUGAUCGAUAUCGGUGACACCACUAUGGGCGAUCCGUGGGGCGUGGCGCGAGAUAGUGAUGGAAACGCGAGCGAGGACGAGUCGCUGGAGAACGGGAGUACUACGGAAGAAAGACUACUGGACGAGUCUUUUAAUCUAGAGGAGGAUUUUGCCCACAGCCUUGUCGGCAGGAGGAUUCCGUUGGCAGAGAUCAAGCUCGAGGAGACACCCAGGCCACGGGAGAAUCGCAUUGGCCUUUCUGUUCUCCACGAGGAGCAUCUUGAGAACACACUUUCAGCAUCCACAAUCACUCGCGCCCCUUCGUGCUCGCCUCUGUCCGAGGUCAUCAACUCUAUCAACCUUCGCGCCAUGACGAUCUCGACGUCGGAACGUCCCAGCCCAUUAGCCACCCGCUGCGUGACGCGUAGGGAAGAGAUCGAAGAAGAAGUUUUCCCUCACAUUGUUGUGAGCUCUCUGUCCCCGUCCGAGACCGCUACACAACCGUCACCGGAAUGCACCACACAACGGCCUUCCACAUCCAGCAUCGCUCCCAGACGAAGACCAUGUACUGCGAAUCAUGUCCCGCUAGAUGAUCCACGCCGCCGUUCUGUUGACUUACAAUCAUCCUUUAGGCUGCAGAUGCAGUCUGACGAUAUGUCGUUCGAUCUUCUGAACGACAAGGUCUCGUUCUUGGGCCAGGGUCCGGACUCCUUCUGGACAGGCGCUGAUGACGAGAAUAUUGAUUGGGAAGCGGAGGAAGCUACCAUGGAGGCGGUCGUCAGAGUGUGUGAACGCAUAGAGGAGGAGAAAGAGGAAGAGAAGCGGGAGAACACCGACAGCAUUGAGGAAGUGCGGGUGAAGGAAGAGGAGAAAAAGGAGGAGAAAGCCGGGAAGGAGAAGACGAAGGGAAACUUGGUUGAGAUAGCUUUGCCCCAAAUGGAUACCGUGGAGUCGGUGGAUAAAGAGAUGCCACAAGUUAUCGCCAGCGUUAUUUACCCAGUGGAAAGCAUGCCUUUGGGAACCGACGAGUCCAGCAAGCAAGCUGAUAACGCUCCUGCUGAACAAGCUUCUGAGCAAAAAUCGGUCAAUAAGGCUGACAUAUCUUCCAGGCUCACCCUGCAAUUGGCGGCUCGACCAGCACCGCUCUUAUUGCCUGCAGAGGCAGCGGACCCUACACCAGCACCACUACUGUUUGCCUCUAGCGUGCCUGCGCUUCGCAUUGUCAAGAAGACCUGGAAGGUGCAUGGUCGAACGGAUUCAAGCGCUAGCGCCAGCAGCAGUGCGUCUUCCACAUCCAGUGCAAGCGCAGGCACGUGCAGCGGAUCCCACACUGUUGCCAGUGCGCGGAAUAUUAAUGGCCAGCAGAAUAAGCCCGUCAGUACGGUAUCAUCGUCUGACGGUCCUCAAGCCACUUCCGUGCAACCGGCCGUAGCUGCGCUAUAUUUUUCCCGCGCCCCAUCGCGCGCAGCGUCCGUCCGGAAUGUUCAGAGACCGGAAGUUUCUGCGGGAGGAAGCUCUAAGACGACCGCUCCAUCAUUUUCUGACCACGAGCCAGUCCAGCAGCAGGCCGUUGUACACGGAACGAGUCGCCCAUCACUCGAAGCUGCUGCAAGGGAAGCUGCUCGUCGAUUCGCGGCCGCGGGAAUUCAGCGUCCGAAUAUUCAACAGGGCGAGAGGCCUAUGCCGUCCACCCAGAUGACUGGAGCGCAGGGCCAUGUGAAUGCUGUCAAAUACCAGAAAUUCUUCGCUCCCCUCAGCGGCGCUGCUGUCGGUGGAGCCAAAGCGAAGCGCCCACAAGCGGCGAGCCUGUUUAGGUUCGGCGGGAUUGGCUCUAGUGGAUUGAGGCCUCCCUCGCGUUUCGGAGGCGCCGGUGUCAAAGCUGGUACCGCGUCCGCGCUUCCCCGUGCUUCCUCACGCUUGCCGGCGCCGGUAUCCAGAGGGAUGAGCGGUUCUAUCCCGGCAAUACCCAGGAGAGAAGUUCAGCCUGGCAAUGGUGCGAGAGCUAUGGGUGGCACUGGAAUUGCGGGCUUGAAGAGGACCCUCUGA